GAAGCUCGUAUGUAUAUGUUUCCCUUUGGCCGGAGCUCUACUACAGGCGGAAGUUAUAGGCGCUUGUGUUGGUGAACAUCUCCCGUAAUGAGAAAGUGAAAAGCAGCCUAAAUGAUAAAAAGCAGGCGUUUGUGACAAUUUAAAUCACAUCAUAUAUGUGGACGCGGUGGCUUUAUUUUCUCUUCCUGCAUUCACAGACUGCUGGUUUUCGUCAGUAAAGGCAGACUGGCAUAAUAAUUGAGUUUGAUGUCUGCUCAGAUGGUCAGAUCGAAGCUCUCACAGUAACUAACACAGGCGGGAGCAGGAGAAGAAAAAUUCACUUUAUUCAGCGAUGACUCGAUUGGGUUUAACGUAACUGCUACAUCACGUAUGUGACUUCCACAACAGUUAACCUAGUGGAGCCUUUUAUCUAUCUUGGCGUUUUGCACUGGAUUUAUAUUGUAAGUGACAGAGAUGGCAGACAGCGAUCGGGUGAAGCACGACAGCUCGAGCUCGAGCCCCGGACCCAGGAGGAAAAGGACGCAGCAGUCGCCCGGUUCAAAGGCGCGGUACUCGGUUAACGCUCCCGGACACCGCUUUCGGAGAGUGACCCUGACCAAACCGACCUUCUGCCAUCACUGCAGCGACUUCAUAUGGGGGAUUGUCGGGUUUGUUUGUGAAUUGUGUAACUUCAUGUCACACGAGAAGUGUUUGAAGCACGUCAGGACCGUGUGUUCCUGUAUGGCUCCCACACAAGUUCGGGUUCCUGUAGCGCACUGCUUUGGUCCCGCCGGUCAGAAGAAGAGGUUCUGCUGUGUUUGCCGGAAGCAUCUGGAAGGUAGUUCGGCUCUGCGCUGUGAAGUGUGUGAGCUACACGUGCACAGCGACUGUAGCCCGUUCAGCGUUAGCGACUGUCGUGUCUGCCACCAAGAUGGAGGGCAAGAUGUUGACAUGUUCCAGCACCACUGGCGGGAGGGGAACAUGUCCUCAGGGGCCCGCUGUGAGGUGUGUCGUCGCACCUGCGGUUCUUCGGACACCCUGGCUGGCAUGAGAUGUGAGUGGUGCGGUGUUACGGCACAUGCAUCGUGUUACAUAAUCAUCUCCCCAGAGUGUGGCAUGGGACGGUUGCGGAACAUGAUUCUUCACCCCAGCUGUGUGCGGAUCUGCUCGCGCAACUUCAGCAAAAUGCACUGUUACAGAAUCUCGGAAAAUUCCCAACACGGCGAGAUGGAUAACCUGGAUGAUGUCGAAACUCAGAGUCCAGUAACUUCGAAGGAAACUCAGUCUACGGGAUCACCUGACACGGGUAAACAGACGCUGAAAGUGUUCGAUGGCGACGAUGCAGCGAAGCGUAAUCAGUUUCGCUUGGUUUCAAUCCCUCGAAUAAUCAAGAAUGAGGAAGUAGUGGAAGCAGCGCUCAGAGCGUUCUACAUCCCAGAUGAACCGCAGGAUUUCGAGCUACAGAGUUACAGCCAACAGGGCCUGUUUACAGAUGACAUCAUCAACCGUAACGGCUCGCCAGACAACAAGUCCGUUUUCAAGGAUACAGUGUCUGAUUCUUGGCUGCUCAGAUCAAAACCCAGAGAAGUGGAAGUGGUGAAGAUUUAUCCCGGCUCGCUCAAGGUUGGAGUCAUCUCCGUUACCGCUGGGAAAAGCAACACCGUAGACUCAAUCUUAAAGGAAGUGCUCUCACAAAUAGGAAAACAGAAUGAAAACCCUGCCGACUUCAACCUUGUAGAAGUUUUCAUGAGCAGCAAACAAGUGCAACGGCAAGUCCUCAGCGGUCAGGAGAUUUUACUGGACAAACUGCAGGAGAUACGGAAGACAUCGUUGCGACAGAUGAAUCAGACACGGUUUUACAUCGAGGAAAGCAGGAAUCGAGUGGCACAAGUCGAUCUACUCUUGGGAGGCUUUCCAACACAGCUUGACAGAGAGGAAUACACACACCUGCUCUCCGAACACCUCGCAGUCAAAAGUCAUUUGGUCACCAUCACCCACGUGUACUCUGGACAAGGUGCAGUGGUUCUGCAGAUCAGCUGUUUCUCAGAGGCCGAGAGGAUUUACAUGCUGGCCAAAGACACAAGCAUCAGCGGCAAACAGCUCUACUCACUUGUCAUACCUGAGAUCAUGCAAAGCAAGCUGGCCAAAGGAAGUUGCCCCCUGCUAGUCUUUGUCAAUCCUAAAAGUGGUGGGUUAAAGGGCAGAGAGAUCUUAUACAGUUUCCGGAAACUACUAAACCCUCACCAAGUGUUUGAGCUGACCAGCGGAGGACCACUUCCUGGGCUGCACACGUUCAGGGACGUCCCUCACUUUCGUAUCUUGGUCUGUGGAGGAGACGGCACAGUGGGAUGGGUGCUGGGGGUUCUGGAGUCCAUCCGGCACAAAAUCACCUGUCGAGAGCCGGCAAUCAGCAUUAUACCAAUGGGCACCGGGAACGAUCUGGCUCGGGUGUUGCGAUGGGGGCCGGGCUACAGCGGCGAGGACCCCUACAACAUCCUGCUGUCUGUGGACGAGGCAGAGGAAGUGGAAAUGGACCGCUGGACAAUUCUUCUGGAUGCACAGGAAUUGACAGAGGAUGGCGAAGUGAAUGGCUUCCUAGAGCCACCCAAGAUUGUGCACAUGAAUAAUUAUUUUGGGCUGGGAAUUGACGCUGAGCUGAGUCUGGACUUUCAUCAUGCACGUGAGGAGGACCCAGACAAGUUUAAUAGCAGAUUUCACAAUAAAGGUGUGUACGUAAAGGUGGGCCUGCAGAAGUUGAGUCACACACGUAACCUUCAUAAAGACAUCAGCCUGCAGGUGGACAGACAGGACUUGGAACUGCCCAGUAUAGAGGGACUGAUAUUCCUCAACAUUCCCAGCUGGGGUUCUGGUGCUGACCUGUGGGGCUCAGACAGUGACUCUCGAUUUGAGCGGCCCAGGAUAGACGAUGGGAUGCUGGAGGUUGUGGGAGUUACUGGGGUUGUGCACAUGGGUCAGGUUCAGAGUGGGCUGCGCUCUGGGAUUCGUCUCGCUCAGGGCAGCUACAUUCGUAUCAGUGUGAACAAACCCAUUCCAGUGCAGGUGGAUGGAGAACCCUGGAUACAAUCACCUGGACAGAUCAUCAUCUCCGCUGCGGGACCAAAGGUGUGCAUGCUGAGAAAGUCCAAGGCCAAGCAGAAGAAACAAUCAGGCAGUUUGAAGGAAGGCCAGUCCAGCUCCCAGUGACGGUGGGCAGUGACAAAGCGCACAAACAUUGCAUUGACAGCCCUUUACUGUCAACGUGACAACAUUUCUUUUAGUCUGUGCUCUGUUCUUUGUUACAUUCUGGGUUGGUAUCAAUGCUACUUUAAUUACUUUAGCUGAGGUAUUACACAGACAUCUCUAUCAUCUCAUAGUCAGUAGCGUUCAAACCCUGUCUGACAAUAGCACUGCAGUCUGUUACUCAGGACUUUAGCUGCCCUCAGCCUGGUUUUGCCUUAGAUUCAAACUGGUGUAGAUAUAUAUAUAUAUAUUUUUGAUUGCCAAACUUCAUCUUGUUUUCAAAGGGGAUAUUGUCUUAAAGUAGUCAAUCACUGAAAGGCUACAGUGCAUAUUAAUAAUCAGUAGUUAAUCACAUCAUGUGCAUCACAAAUGCCAAAAAAAUACACUUUUGUGAACAUCACCAAGUUAUGAUCAUCACUCCUCUUUCACAUAUGGCGGCCUUUUUGGUUUAUGAUACAUACUUUGACUCACCUGGUCAUUUUUCAUCUUUAUAAUUAUUACCUUUAAUGUCUUACUUGAAGUUUAUUUGCAAUAGCAGCCCUCUAGUAGCUUUCUACAAGUAUCUGAACCAAAUGAAUGCAGUAUAAAUGUACAAACCACUCCAUUAAGAGCAUAUUUGAUUGUAUAAGUGUGUCGGGGAGAGAUUGUUGUCUUUUGUAUUUCAGUUUUGUAGCUUUUCUCAGCUGUGAGACUGUAGGCGCAAUCAUGCGCCUCACCAAAACGCGCGUAAACAAAUUUGCCGUCAUCACAGCCGUUUUGUAAAAGGCGGAUUAAUAUUAAUAGCUUUUCGAACAUGUGUGGUACCGAAAAAUACUGUGAAACGCUAAAGAGUUGUGGAUUUUAUGAAGGAUGCAUGUUUGUAAAUUCCCAUGCGAUGUUUGUGGACACAUGCACCACUUCUGGUGUUAAUCGUAAUAUAAUGCCGUAUGAUACUUGAUAAAACAGUCCAUGCAAGAUCACGCAGCAUAUGUGGUAUUUAACAUGGUGCCAGUUAGUUUAACUGGUUAUAUGAACCUUUAAGCCGACAUAAAUUUAUCAUGUUCUGGUGAAAGCAUCGAUUUGUAAGUAAAUACAUUUGUUACUGUUUUCUGACAUAGUCGUGUAAAGUUACUCAUCCUAUUGUAAUGCCAAAACUAGAGGCGAGCGCAGUAUUGUGAUAUACUGGCUAGUUUAAAUAUGCCGUCUGUACAGUGACUGGUCAGCCCUGGAUUCAUGAGGCUGGCCUUAGAUUGUGUGUGUGUGAUUGGUUAGACUCUCCAAUCCCCAUCGGUCUCGCAUUAUUGGCAGGCUGUUGCUCUGAAAACGUGCCGGACGCAGUGCGCAGCCUCAGAUGUUUGACUUCAUCUACCUCAUCUCACCGGCACACAUCACUUCAAGAAUCAGGUUCUGCCAAGUUCUCCCAAAGACUUCAUGGGUUGUGUCUGGGAAUAUUCGGAAUAGGUCAAAUAGGUCAGGUUGGACGCCUAUUGAAUUGACCAGAUGAAAAUGAAGCUGUGAGGGAUAGAUUUGCAGUCUUUACCACUUUAUAAAGUAACUAUAUCAUGUCACUUUUCACAGCUCACAACUUUCGAAACCGGUUUACGGAGGAUUUGUAUUUUCAUCACCGUUGCAGCUAAACAGUCGUAGUACAAUCCAUUGAAGACACUGGACUUCUGUCACUCACAGCCUCGUUUUCAUCCCUGGCAGAAAUUAAUUAUGGCGCUACCGUAAGGUCUGUGAUGAUGAAUAUGGAAAUCUGAACAAGAUUAAACAGCACUGCAUCUUGAAAAGGAAAAAAAAAAUCAGCUAAUUUGCUAAAAAUACUUUAAUAUUAGGUCAAUUUGAGUUACAAUAUAUCACAAACUUUCCAUCAUGUACAGUUUUUCACAAAAUAAAAUAUUAAAAUCAUAUAUAUAUAUAUAUAUAUAUAUAUAUAUAAACAGCUGACAACUGAACAAUAGUUUAACCUUAACCUCAAAUAAAGAUAGGAAUGUCUUUGUGACAGUUUUUCUGCUGAUUAAGAGAUAAAACAAGACUCCAUCACUUUAUAAAUGUUUGUUGAAAGCAAAAAUGCUACAAAAUGCUAACAUUUUGUUAGAAAGUGUGACAUGCUAAUAGUAAAACAUACAGUUUUUUGGAGUCAGCAGCUCUAGUAUUAAUAAACAAGUAUUAGCAUUACCUAAUAUGGUGCAGUCCAGUGUUCUUUAUAGUAUGCCGGAUGGUUUAGGUCUCAGUGGCUUUAUUUUAUUUCUAGUUCGAAUCCAAGAUGAAGAUGCUGUAUUCUCUCUCUUGUGUCGUUCUUUUGCCAGCGAUGUGUACAGUGGUGAUUUUCUGCAUUAGUUGUGCCUGUUGACAUGAAAUCCCCUCGGGUUACGUGCUGUUCUGUUCUGUGGUGUGGUUUGACCCGAUCUCUUCGUUUAGUGCCUCAUAUAAGUGCUUGCCGUAUGUGUGUGAUUAACUCUUGCCAUUCUGUUUGUUCUGCUGGUUCAGUGACUAUGAAGUAGAACCGUGCUGUUCUAGGUUUAUUAGAGCUGAUGUGCCUCCUAAUUGGGUGAAUCGCAUGAAAACACAUCCCAGUUCACCACAAAAAUUCAAAAGAACAAAAUUCUCAAUUAUAUUAAAUUUUGACAUUCUUUUGAUGACAAUUUUGUUGUUGUUUUUCUUUAAAUGUAAUUCCCACUGGUGAUCGACGUUAGAUCUCUCUUUUUGUUUUUUGCAUUAAAGAGAGUGCAACAAUAACUACAAUUCUGAUAAAUACUUGACGACAAGACCUUGAAAAAAAAAAAGACAAAAUAUCUUUAAGCAAAGUAUCAUUUCUUUUCUUUUUUUAGAAUGAAAUAUGACCUUGUUUUGUGAGAUUCACCCAAUAACCUUGUUCAGUCAAAAAACAGUUUAAGAUAUUUUACCUCCUGGUGUGACUGAAGGUUUAUGAAUACUUCUUGUAAAGUGGGUUUAAUUAUAAAUGUAUAUUUUUGGAGAGAAAAUGUUUUUGAUUUGAUCUGUAAAUAUAUUGCACUGACUGUACGGUUUUAAAGAUGCUUUUAAGUGUACAUUGUGUUUAAUGAAUAUUAAAUAACUAAAUGUAUAGAUAUAUUAUGGAUGUCCAAUGAAAAAAAGAAAAACAUAAAUUUGACUUUUUAAUACA